AUGGCACAAUUAACCUUAUCUUCAUCACUCUCACACUCAAUCUCACUCUUACCCUUGGUUUUGUCAAUUUCACCGGCGCUCACCCUCAAUCUCACUCUCACCCUCGGCUCCCUCAAUAUCACUCUCAAUCGACGAAGACUCAUCGUCAAUCUGACUCUCUCACUACCACCCUCGCCUAUCACCACCAAGUUUUUCGCGGUUUCGCGAUCUCAGUUCUGUGCAAUUGGGGUUCUUCGUGGGUUUCACCGUGGUUCACAGUUCUUCAGCUCUCAUACUUCAGUUUAUCAAGGUAGUGCUUUUCACUCUUCAAGCACAAUUGAGAACGCGUCAUCCAAUAUAGGCUCUAAAGUUAUAAGGUACAACGAGAUAUUUGACGACAUCAUUUUGGCUAACGAUGUCGACUCACUUCUCAGUUUCGUUAUGGCAAGUGACAAGAUCAUGGAAUGAAAGAUUGUUCUAGAGGUUAGUAACAAUAUGCAUAAUGAUCUUCUCUUUUGUUAACAUUGUUCUAGUUGCUUUAUCUUUUAAUAGGCUUAGUUAUUUUUAAUGCAAACUAGUUGAUAAUUAGUUAAGAUUGGCUUAGUCAGUACUUUGGGAGAGUUACUGAUAGAAAGACAAGUGAUCAAUCGGGGAUUGUUUUUGAAACUCAGGUUCCUCUUUCGCUUCCUCUUUUAAUUCUUUUUCAUCAAGUUCUAUUGUUUUGUGACUUAGCAUUAUGUGAACCUUAUUUGAUCUACGUGUGUGUGUGUGU